AUGAUUGUUAGCUGGAAUGUGAGAGGGCUGAAUAAGAAGGCUAGAUGCAAGGAGGUUGCAGCCCACCUCAAGAAACUUCAUGCAUCCUGCUGUAUUUUGAUUGAGACAAGAGUAAAAGAGCAUAAUGCAAAUAAAAUUCGCCACUGGUUAGGUAAUAACUGGAACUUUGCUGAUAAUUACAACUGUCACCCAAAUGGUAGACUUUGGAUUGGAUGGAACAAGGAUAAUUGGGAGGAUAACAUCAUUCACAAAUCUGAUCAAUAUAUGCACUGUGAAAUGAAGACUGGUCAAAGCCAUAUGUAUGUUACUAUGGUCUAUGCUCACAAUCAGUUGGAGAAACGUAAAAAACUGUGGAAAGACAUUAUUGUGUUAGCUCCUCAAAGCCAGGAUCCUUGGAUGAUAAUAGGUGACUACAAUAAUGUUCCGAAGCUUCAUGACAGAAUUGGGGGUAAUGAUGUCCAUCUAGCUGAGUACAUUGGUUUAGAAGAGAUGAUGAGUAGUAUUGGGUUAUAUAAGCAUGCCACUAGGGGAAGCUAUUACACUUGGUCAAACAAGCAGAGCCAAGGCACAAUUUACAGCAGAAUUGAUAGGGCUAUAUGUAAUGGUGAGUGGUAUCUAAAAUUUCCUAGGUGUGAGAUUGAUGUCUUGCAACUCUAUAUCUCUGAUCACUCUCCCCUAAUAGUGAACCUGGAUCAUAGCAGUAUUACACACAAGUGGAGCCCCUGUUUUAAGUUCUUAAACUGUGUGACUCAGAGAGAUGAUUAUAUUGCUAUAAUAAAAGAGAAUUGGCAGGUUCCCAUUGAUGGUAGACCUAUGUACAUUUGUUGGAGAAAGCUCAUCCGGUUACAAAAGACAUUAUCCCUACUUAAUAGAGACACUACUGCAGAGGUGAAGAAGAUCCAACAAAGUAGAGAUAACCUUAUGAAGGCUCAGCAGAUGCUGGAAAAUGAUAGAUUUAAUCCUGGCCUCAUUGAUCAAGUAAAACAUUGGACUGAUGAAAUAAUUAAAGGGACAACAAUUGAGGAGCAAAUUCUCAGUCAAAAGGCCAAGGUGGACUGGCUACAAUUGGGGGAUGGAAACAAUAAAUAUUUUCAUGCUAUUGUUAAUCAAAAGAACAAACAAAAGAGCCUACUAAGAUUGGAAAACCAUAAUGGAAUUCCUUUAACAGAAUUUCAUGACUUGGAAAAGGAAAUCCUGAAUUUUUAUAGUAACCUGGUAGGCACUUCCUCCACCAGUCUGGAUCAUGUGGAUAUCAUGGCUCUUAGAGAAGGUGCUCAGUUGAGGGAGGAACAAAGAAUUGAUCUGGAGAAACCUAUCAAUGAUAAAGAAAUCUUGGAUGCCUUAAAAAGCAUUGGUGAUAAUAAGGCACCUGGAAUUGAUGGAUACAAUUCUAAGUUCUUCAAAGAUAGCUGGCAAGUGAUCAAGAAGGAAGUGACUGAGGCUACCAAAGAUUUCUUCAAUAAGAACAGACUCUAUCCAGCCAUUAACUGCACUCUGGUAACUCUUAUUCCUUAG